UGAUUUGUCCCUUUCCGUUCUGGUUAUACUUAUCCACAUAUUACCUUCUUUGCUAGGCGCUAGGGUUACUUUCUGCAAAAAAGGACUACCUAUCAACUGUUUGAGGAAAUGUUUAGAAGAAACAACAAAGGCCGAGAUUGGUUCCAUCACUAGAAUCAUCAUUUACAAGCACCUUCAGUUUUUUGUGUUGCGAUCCACAUUAUAUUAUAAUAGGAGUAGUUGAUUUUGGGGAAUUAAGAGGAGUGUAAAUUGGUUACAUCAUUUCCAAAUACCUUUCAAUUUCUUAUUAGAUCAGUUGCAAAGACCUUCAAUUUCUAUAAGUAUUGUUGCGAUCUAGAAUUAUAAUAGUAGUUGAGUUUGGUGUUGGGGGGAAGGAUGCGAGGACGAUGUGGAAGGAGAUCGGAGACAGAGAAUUUGGCAAGCUUCGCACUAAUUUAUUCAGGAAUCGUAUUAAGUCGUCUCGAAUCUCUUCUAUUCAACUCUCCAACUACAAAGAUAUCGUUUCUCCUCAUCGUGGCGCCGUCAACUCCCUUCAGGUUGAUUUGACAGAGGGACGAUAUCUGUUAUCCUCUGCUUCGGAUGCAUCAGUUGCUGUUUAUGAUAUCCAACGUGCAACUGAUUACGAUGGAAGUGGUCUGAUUGCAAAGCAUAAGCACAUACUUUUGGUUGACAAGCAACAUGAACAGGGCCACAAAUAUGCUAUUUCCACUGCCAUCUGGUAUCCAAUUGACACGGGGCUUUUUAUUACAGGCUCUUAUGACCAUUACGUUAAUGUCUGGGAUACUAACACGACGCAGGUGGUAAUUAAUUUCAAAAUGCCUGGAAAAGUGUACAAGACUGCUAUGUCUCCGGUGGCAACAUCACACAUGUUGAUUGCUGUUGGAUCUGAAGAUGUUCAAGUUCGUCUUUGUGAUAUUUCUUCGGGUGCAUUUGCUCACACAUUAUCUGGCCAUCGUGAUGGAGUCAUGUCAGUUGAAUGGUCUGCUUCUAGCGAGUGGGUUUUGAUAACAGGGGGAUGCGAUGGCGCCAUUCGUUUUUGGGACAUCAGGCGUGCAGGAUGCUUUCGUGUUUUAGAUCAGUCUCAUUCUCAGCUUGGAAGACGCCCAACUCUUCUUACACGUUCCACUGCAAAUAAGAGAGCACAGAAACCACACAGUUGUUCUCUAGGUUUACAAAGUCCCACGCCGAAAUCAUCUUCAGGAGGCCCAUCAUCUGCUAAAGGCCGUCCAUCUCAGAACAACAACAACAACAAACCCAGUGUAAUCCCACAAGUGGGAUCUGUGGGCCGUCCAUCUCAGAAGAAAAUGGGAAAUGGUGUGAGUAUCAAACAGUCUGCAAGUGCUAGACAAGUGAGGGGGUCUGGGAAGCAGCGACUGCAUCCAGGGAUGUUGUCUAGUCAGGAUAGAGCCACUGCUCAUUAUGGUGCUGUCAAUGGAUUAAAAGUGACCAAUGAUGGAAUGUAUCUCCUUAGUGCAGGUUCUGAUUCAAGGUUAAGGUUAUGGGAUAUUGAAUCUGGUUGCAAUACACUUGUGAACUAUGAAACAUCACGCCUACAAGCCACAAAAGCUAUACAACUAGCCAUAUCUCAUGAUUCAACACUUGCAUUUGUGCCAUGCAUGUCAACUACUAAGGCAUUUGAUUUGUGGUCGGGCAAGACGAUGAUGGAUUUACGUGGCCACUAUGAAAAUGUGAACUGUUGUCUGUACGAUUCACUGGACCAGGAACUGUACACGGGUAGUAAUGACCGGAAAAUUCUUGUCUGGUCUCCGAGCAAAGUCACUACUGAGGAACUGGAGGGGAGGGAUGGACAAACUUUUGCGAUCGAUCAAGAUAAUUGGAGCGACUGAGUAGCUCAGAAAAUUUCAGAGGUUCCAUGUCAAGUUUGAACUUUCAGUUUCCUGUAUUUACCGCUAGUCACUGUACCUUUGCUUGAACAAAGAUGUAAUAAAUUGGAACCUGAUGCUAUAUAGCAUUUACCUAUUUUUAUUUGAAUGUGUGGACUGUAUCCUAAACAAACGAUCAAAUAAUGGGGAAUGGUUCUCCAAAUUCCAAAUGGAAAGACGAGUUUCUUGUUAUUGAGAAACUUUCAAUUCUUUUUCAUUCA